AUGGGGUUCUUAGCAUUGUUGUUGCUGCUUCUGCUUCCUGUUUCAAGUGCAGUGGAUGAUCUCUCUCCAUUCCCUACAAACUUUCUGUUUGGAACAGCUUCUUCUUCUUACCAGUAUGAAGGUGGUUAUAACAUUGAUGGUAAGGGGCAAAGUAAUUGGGAUAACUUCACUCAUGGAGGUAGAAGUAUGAUAGUGGAUGGAAGUAAUGGGGAUAUUGCGGUUGACCAUUAUCACCGUUACAAGGAGGAUAUAGAUCUAUUGGAAGCUUUGAAUGUAAAUAGUUACCGACUCUCUAUAUCAUGGACAAGAAUUCUACCAAAGGGUAGAUUUGGAGAAAUCAAUUGGGCUGGCAUUGACUUCUAUAACAAACUAUUUGAUGCUCUACUGCUCAAAGGUAUUCAACCCUUUGUUACUCUAAGUCACUAUGACAGCCCACAACAACUCGAGGACAGAUAUGGAGGAUGGCUAAGUCCCCAAUCACAACAAGAUUUUGCAUUUUAUGCAGACCUAUGUUUUAAUAAAUUUGGCGACAGAGUUAAGUAUUGGGUCACAUUCAAUGAGCCAAAUAACCAAGUACCACUAGGUUACCGUUCCGGCAUAUAUCCCCCAUCUCGUUGCUCUGGCUCAUUGGCAAUGGCUAACUGUAAAGAAGGUGAUUCAGAAAAAGAGCCUUUUAUAGCAGCCCAUAAUAUUAUUCUGUCACAUGCAGCUGCUGUUGAUCUCUAUAGAACCAAGUACCAGGUUGAGCAAAGAGGAAGAAUUGGUAUAGUGCUUCAACAUGAAUGGUAUGAACCAAUGAGCAAUUCAACAGCUGAUAAAUUGGCCACCGAAAGAGCAAGAUCAUUCACUUUCAAUUGGUUCUUAGAUCCAAUCAUAUUUGGCAAGUACCCCAAAGAGAUGGAAAACAUUCUUGGAAACCUCUUACCGAAAUUUUCAACCAACGAGAAAAAGAAACUCAAGAAAGGAUUGGAUUUUAUUGGCAUAAACUACUACACAGCUUCCUAUGUUCAAGAUUGCAUACACACCAAGUGUGAUUCGAGAUUUGGGAUUUCAAGAACAGAAGGUUCAUACAUGACUAGCGGAGACAAAAAUGGUAUCUCAAUCGGAGAAUCCACUCCUUUUAGUUGGUUUAAUGUUUAUCCACAAGGCCUGGAGAAAACUGUUACAUAUGUGAAAGAUAGAUACAACAAUACUCCAAUGUUCAUUACUGAAAAUGGGUAUGGCCAACAAGACGAUCCAAAUUUCACCUUGGAAGAUCAAGUUAACGAUUUGAAGAGAAUAAAGUACAUGGAAAAUCACAUAGAAGCCUUGUCAAUAGCAAUAAGGAAAGGAGCGGAUGUGAGGGGAUACUUUGCAUGGUCCUUGCUUGAUAAUUUUGAGUGGAUAUAUGGAUACACAGUAAGAUAUGGAUUCCACCAUGUUGAUUAUGCUACUUUGAAGAGAACUCCAAGAUUAUCUGCAACCUGGUACAAGCAAUUCAUUGCAAAUUAUACACAAACUAAAUUCAUUGGGAUAGAUAAGUUGGUGCAAAGUACAUGA